AGAGCACACCUGCUUGAUCUUGGCUGCACGCGCUCCGAGUCCAAUUACCCCAUAGGCCCUCGCAGUCACUUCACAGUCUCAUCCCCCCAUUCGACUGGAUUUUGGGAGUCAAGCUCGUCUACUUCAAUUCUCUUUGCCUUGUCUCUACUGAGAACAGGCUCCCUGCUAGCUGCACCAUGAGGUCGGCCUGUCUCUCUCUGCUCCUGGUCACUGCCUGCUGGGCUCUGCCCUUCCGCCAGUCUGGCUUCCUAGACUUCAUGAUGGAGGAUGAACCGGGAUCGGCUUUACCUGACGAGACUGCAGAGGUAGAUGUACAUCGCAUGCCUGAUGGACCCAAGUGCCCCUUCCGAUGCCAGUGCCAUCUGCGUGUGAUCCAAUGCUCUGACCUUGGUCUGAAGUCUGUUCCUGGGGACAUCCCUGCUGACACCACCCUGCUGGACCUGCAGAACAACAAGAUCACUGAGAUCAAGGAGAAUGACUUCAAGAACCUUAAAGGGCUUCAUGCUCUGAUCCUGGUAAACAACAAAAUCACCAUCAUCCACGCCAAGGCCCUCACCCCUCUGACCAAGCUGCAGCGUCUCUACCUGUCUAAGAACAUGCUAAAAGAAAUGCCAGCCAACAUGCCCAAGAGCCUGCAGGAGCUGCGCAUCCACGAGAACGAGAUCACCAAGAUCAAGAAGGCCUCCUUCCAGGGCAUGAUUCAUGUCAUUGUCAUGGAGCUCGGGUCUAACCCUCUGAAGAACGCAGGAAUCGACGCCGAUGCUUUUGCUGACCUGAAACGAGUCUCUUACAUUCGCAUUGCAGAUACUAACAUCACAGAGAUCCCUAAAGGUCUGCCCAGCUCUCUCUCCGAGCUCCACCUGGAUAGUAACAAGAUCACCAAGAUUACAGCUGCUAGCCUCAAAGGCCUGAAGAACCUGGCCAAGCUGGGUUUGAGCUACAAUGAGAUCGGCUCUGUGGAAAAUGGCACACUGGCUAAUGUCCCCCACCUGCGAGAACUGCACCUUGACAAUAACGCUCUGACCAGCGUUCCUCCUGGCCUGUCCGACCAUAAGUACAUCCAGGUGGUCUACCUCCAUUCCAACAAGAUUGCUGCUGUGGGAACAGGAGACUUCUGUCCUCCUGGCUUCAACACCAAGAAGGCCAUGUACUCUGGCAUCAGCCUGUUCAGCAACCCUGUGCCUUACUGGGAAGUUCAGCCUAUCACCUUCCGCUGCGUCCAUGACCGCUCCGCCAUCCAGCUUGGCAACUACAGGAAGAAGUAGAGCAAUCCCAGGGCCUCCACAAGGAAGUGUGUGUUUGUAAAUGAGUGUGUGAAAGUUUUGUAAGUGUGCGUGUUUGACCACAGUCCCCUCAACACUGACCCCUCCAUCACUGCCUCCCCAUACAAGACGAUGUCAUUAAUCCACACACUCAUUUCAAAACUUCAGUGGACAUGGACCUCAUACACAACAUAUCAUUUUCAAGAACAGCAUUAUUUAGCUUCAAGGUUGGCGCAAGACUAGUACCCACAGCUUACGCCAAAAAACCAGUAUACUAUGGUGAUGCUUUCACUCACAGCACAUCAGUCAUCCAGUUAAGCCAGCAUUAACAUUGCAAAUAUGUUGUACCAUUCAUACUGUAACAUAUUAUUGUGCAUAAUAUGUGAAACUCCUUCAGUGGACAAAAUGAAAUUCAGAGUUGGACCCCAACCAAAAAGAUUUGAAAUCUCACUCAGUGGAAAAUGUUAAUAAAUCCCAGUUUGAUUGACUUUUUUGACCAUUAGCCAUUUUAUGAAUAAUGUGGAAGCUGGCCUGUAGAGCAGGCAGCAAGGGGUAUAACUUGUGUUUUACAGUACCUUUAACAACUGGUAUACUAGAAUGUACUAGAUAUUACCUGUGUAAUAGGAAUAGCAUUCAGAGUGUAACAUUACCAUGCUGCACUCCUUGAUAGAACUCCGAGUUUCUAUUUGUAUUGUACUCAAUUCAAGUAGAGAUAAAAGCAACCGUGAAUUCUAUCACAUUGUGA